CUCACUUUUAAUUGCAAUACCAGCAUGUUUAACACAUUUCGGUCGGCUGUCGACUUAAUGAACAGCUAAUAACUUGCACGCUUUUUGGAAAAGACUGCCAUACUGGUGAUCGCGUGUGCGCACGAGCUGACAAGCUGUGGGUCCCUCCCCUUGGUUGUGAAGGUAGACAAAAGGCUACAAUGUAGGACCGCAAGCUAUGGUCAGCGGCCGGAGUAAUUCACCGUGCAGCCUGAUUGAUGAGCCUGUCACUGGUGGGAGACCAGAUCAGAUUUAAGGGGCUCAGUUGCCAAUAUAAUCCGGUGCUUUCUACUGGGCGUCCCUGACUGCAGCAGCGAGACGUGUUCACGCGUCUGAAGUAAUCAGUCCGUAGAAGAAACCUAUAGGCUACUUCAGUGGAAUCAGGGAAGAACCGUUUAGAGUGUUCAGGUUUCUCCAGGAGCAACUGCCUUCUGAAAUGCAAGUAUAAAAAGUAAAGCAAAAUAUAGACCUUCUGCCUGCACCCAAAAGCAAGAUCCGUGCGCAAAACUGGUCGAUCUUGUUGACUUUCUCCCCUUAUUAACGUCAUGGACUUCACCGGAGGAGUGCCACUAAGGGGCUUGAACGAGAGCUGCCAACAUCACGGGACAACCGGGGUGGGAUCAGCCGCGAAGAACCCGGUGGUACGACGACACUCCCCGUCCAACUACAGCAUCGAUUUUAUCCUGGGCACGCCGUCCGCAAUUAGCGCACCGGCGCGGGCAGAGCCAUGCCACAUCCGCGUGCCCGUCUUCGGCACCAGACGUUGCUGGGACUUCACCCAGUGUCAACAGGGGAGAGACAGUGCCCAACGGUCCUCGUUGCACCCGGAUGAGAGGACCCCACAGUCCACCGUUCCCAGCGAUCCCAAUCGGGGUUUCCAGCACAGGCCAAGCACCGACAACUCCCCGGGCUCCGACCCGUACAACUCGGACCCCGAGCCUUUGCUGGCGGCCGGGCCGUGCGAGCACGGCGAGAGCUCCUCGCCCGAGCCCGCCUCGCCCCAGUCGUCGGGCAGGGAGGACAGCGGGGAGGCUGACGACGGGGACGGCACCGGUCACCCCAAGGCGGCCCGGAAGGUGCGCCGAAGUCGCACCACCUUCACCACCUAUCAGUUGCACCAGCUGGAGCGGGCCUUCGAGAAGACGCAGUACCCGGACGUCUUCACCAGGGAGGAACUGGCCAUGAGGUUGGAGCUGAGCGAGGCGAGAGUUCAGGUGUGGUUCCAGAACAGAAGAGCGAAAUGGCGUAAGAUGGAGAAGGUGCAAAGUCGGGAGAGUCCCUCGGGUUACUUCAGUUCUCACUAUCCAAGUGACUUAGUGGGUUCUCAUGGUUUGGACUCGUCAAUCCCUACAGAAUGUGCUUGGGCGAUGCACAGCGGCAGCCCCGCCGGGAUGAACCCCGGGCUACUGGCGCAGGUCCCUGUCCCAAUAGCUGCACAGCACGGUCUCGGUUCCAUGGUCAGAGGCUACCCGCUCUUUGGGCACCACCUUGCUCCCGGCCAUUCUCACCACUACGCCCAACAGCACCACCAGCAGCAGGCCGCUGCUUCCUACUGGCUGGCCCGGCAAGCCACCUUCCCGGUCCCAUGGCACCUAUCCAGCCUGCGCAUUCCGAGCCUGAGGCCAACCGAGUCAAAGGAACUGUCAACCGCCGCAUCGCCCCCCGCCAAGAAGCCGGCAAGCCUUGGCGGUGAGUUCCACAUGGACUCGCACUCUCUGAUGAAGAAGCAGAGUAUCGAGGCGCUACGAAGCAAGGCCCGGAGCCACAGCCGAGGCUCGGACGAGUCAGCAGUCACACCUUAAACACUAUCCCAAUUUUCAACUUUCAAUUUAUCCAGAAGAAUUUCAGUCAUCUGAGUAUGGAGGGGUCACUAUAAUAAUAUAUCACAUGGUAAUAUACAAUUAAGGGGUGCCAACUGAAUUGAGAUCGAAGCAGAAUCGUUCUUCACAUAUUCAAAAUUUUUGUUUACAUAUUCACAAUUUUUGUUGAAGUAACGUGAUUUAUUCAAGUAGUAGGCAUUCCCUUUCUAGUCACGAAAUGUUUGGUAAUUGCUACUUUAGAUCAAUAUUAUCAUUUCAAUAUUAUUUACAAUAGAAGUACCAUAAUCAUGAUAACAUUUUAAACAUAAAUUUAUUGUUCUUUCUAAAAUGAAAAUUAUUCAGAGUGCAAUUCCUCCAUUUAUCAAUGUGUUACUACGGUUUUUUAUACUCGACGUGUAAAUGCGAUAUGGAGCAGGAAGAAUCUGUGGUCGAUUUGUCCUGAUAUCAAGAUAUCAACACGAGAUGGCGCUAGACUUGUUCACAUAAAAUGUGGACAGAGUCUUCAAAGGGCAUCCUUCCCAAUGGCGAAGGACUCUGUAGCCCAGAACGCAAUGAAACAUCAUCACAGUGUGUGAAAUUUGUGAAACCUAUGGUGAAACCCACGUACAUGUAUGUUCAUGUGCACUGCCUGUUUAGUUAAUACAUGGGGUUGUAUGGGGCCGGGGCGGCGCAUGACACGACUUGGCAUAACCUUGUCCUGUCUCUUGCGACUACGGCUUCUAAUUUUGAUCAAAUGAGGCAGCGGUGAAGAGCCGGAGCCAGUGUUCGAUACCUGUGUAUGCCGUAGUCUCACAUGCAGACGCCACAUCGCGUGUUAAUAACAUAGUGUGCAACAUAUAAACCGUUGAAAAUAUUUCUUGAAGGGGUUUUCCUGAAGAUGUACCCCACAUGUAUAUUUGCAAUGGACGUUUCUAAUGACACACACGAUAAAGCCAAAAGUAGAAAGGCUUUUUAAAGUGAUAUUGAGCCAUUUUAUGCAACAUCGUCGUAAGAAGCCAGUAUCGAUCCUUGACAAACUGAUUUUUAUCGAUACCAUUAAACCCUACAAAAUUCUUCUAUUCCACAUCAAACCCUACUAAAUUACGAAAUAAAUCGCUGUGACAAGAGUAAAAUUACAGCGAACUAUAUCUCUGUAAGUUCGUGAAUCUGGAUUUAAAAACCUUUUCGAGCUAAUGACCAUCAGGAUGGCCUUUAGUUCCGCGAUGGCUUCAUACUUAUGCGUUUCACAUCCCAGUGACAACUCAAUCACGAUUUUUUUUACGGAAAGAGGGGAAAUAAACGUAUUUUCACUGCUCGAAAAUGACUGCUGCAUAUUUGAUUGCAUAAGAUCAUUGAAUAACAAAAUUAUUCCAUCAGGCGUCUCGUUUGUAUCAUAAAAGCUCGUAUCGCUGGCGUUCAGUGUACGACCCAGAACAAGAAGAAAAACUAAGUUGAGGAAGGGAACAUACGUAAACCAGCUAAUUCGGAUGAUACAGAAGCGAUGCAUCAUAACAAAGCCACUGGACACCUUGCAAUGCCUCAUAACCCCUCCGGCAGUCUUCAGAUCUCCAACAGCUUGAAUGACUGAUGACUGCUCAGCUCUCAUGAGGCACUACAGGUUGGGGGCCUGUGUGUUUUAAGUAUGAAAUAGUAGACCCUUCUUUUGCUACGUCACAGGUUCAUUUUUUUUUCAUGCGAGCCUGUCAGUGGUAACUUCCACAGGCGCACGCAUUCAUUUGAAGCCGCAACCAACAAAGCCGUGGGUCCAAUGUCAGGGUGCUGCGUAUGCGAGGCACAAGAAAUUGCACUACUAAAGCUCGGUGUAUUUUCACGAGGACAGUAUAAAUUGAAAUGGCACGCUCACCUGGGAUCGACGUUGUUCUCUGCUCUACACAUGCAAACGAGGUCGAGUUACUUCCGGGGGCAUUUCCAGGUUUAUAUAUACUGUACCAAAUUAUAUAAUUCAGUAAAAUGUCCCAAAUAAAAUGGAAAUGUUUAACUCAGUAACAGUUUUUAGCAGUCAAUAAUUAUAUAUGUGCAACCAAAUCGAUAGCAUUUUACCAAUUGUGAUGCAGAAUGAAAGAGUAAAUGAAUUAUGUAAAGACAGAAA